ACCAUCAGCAGCAGCCUUAUUACACUUAGAAUUUAAUUAUAAUUGUUGUAAUUGUUAAUAUUGCUAUUGAUAUUGUUAUUAGUAUUGUUGUUGUUGGUCUACACCAGUAACAGAGAGACCCGACCUGGAGGAGCUGAAGGUCAGCACCUGGGAGUUGUCUCUGGGAGCAAGCACAAACCAUCAGCAGCAGUAUUAUUACACUUAGAAUUUAAUUAUAAUUACUGUAAUUAUUGUUAUUGAUACUGUUAUUAAUGUUGUUGUUUUUGGUCUACACCAGUAACAGAGAGACCCAACCUGGAGGAGCUGAAGGUCAGCACCUGGGAAUUGUGUCUGGGACCAAGCACAAACCAUCAGCAGCAGCCUUAUUACACUUAGAAUUUAAUUAUAAUUGUUGUAAUUGUUAAUAUUGUUAUUGAUAUUGUUAUUAGUGUUGUUGUUGUUGGUGUACACCAAUAACAGAGAGACCCGACCUGGAGGAGCUGAAGUCAGAUCUCACAAAGCAACAGAAUGGAUUCAAGAUCACCUUGAAAACGUUGGAGGACAAUUUGCUCUCUCGGCUGUCAUCAGCAUCUGGGAAUUUCCUGGGAGACACAGCGUUGGUGGAGAACCUGGAGAGCACUAAGAGGACAGCUGCAGAGAUUGUGGAGAAGGUGCAGGAGUUUAAGGUGACAGAAGGCAGGAUUAACGAGGCCAGGGAGCAGUACAGGCCCGCGGCCCGCCGCGCCGCCAUGCUCUACUUCACCAUGAACGAGCUGCACGCCGUGCACCCCAUGUACCAGUUCUCCCUCAAGGCGUUCCAGGUGGUGUUCCAGAAGGCCAUGGAGAGGGCAGCUCCUGCUGAGAGCCUGGCAGGGCGGGUGCUGAGCCUCACAGACAGCAUCACCUUCUCCGUGUUCCAGUACACGGCCCGGGGGCUCUUCGAGAGGGACAAACUGACCUUCAGUGCCCAGCUCACCUUCCAGAUACUUCUGAUGAAUAAAGAAAUUGACCCAGCAGAACUGGAUUUCCUGCUCAGAUACCCAGCACAGCCUGGAGUCACGAGCCCUGUGGAGUUCCUGUCUGACCAUGCCUGGGGAGGAAUCAAGGCUCUCUCAUCCAUGGAGGAAUUCAGAAACCUGGAUCGGGACAUUGAAGGCUCUGCCAAGCGGUGGAGGAAGUUUGUUGAGUCUGAGUGUCCUGAGAAGGAGAGGUUCCCCCAGGACUGGAAGAACAAGUCAGCCCUGCAGCGCCUGUGCAUCCUGCGCGCCCUGCGGCCCGACCGCGUCCCCUGCGCCGUCAGAGAUUUUGUAGAAGAAAAGCUGGGCAGCAAAUACGUGGUGGGGAGAUCCCUGGAUUUUGCAACGACCUUUGAGGAAUCAGGGCCUGCCACCCCAAUGUUUUUUAUCCUGUCCCCAGGAGUGGACCCACUGAAGGAUGUGGAGAAACAUGGGAAGAAGCUGGGCUACACCUUCAACCAUGGGAACCUCCACAACGUUUCCCUGGGACAAGGCCAGGAGGUGGUGGCUGAACAAGCUCUGGAUGUGGCUGCAAAGGAGGGUCACUGGGUCAUCCUCCAGAACAUCCACCUGGUGGCCAGGUGGCUGAGCUCCCUGGAGAAGAGGCUGGAGCAGCUCGGCCAGGGCAGCCACCGGGAUUUCCGCGUGUUCCUCAGCGCCGAGCCGGCGCCGUGCCCGGAGAGCCACGUCAUCCCCCAGGGCAUCCUGGAGAACUCCAUCAAAAUCACCAGCGAGGCGCCCACGGGCAUGCACGCCAACCUGCACAAGGCCCUGGACAACUUCAGCCAGGACACCCUGGAGAUGUGCAGCCAGGAGAAGGAGUUCAGGAGCAUCCUCUUUGCCCUGUGCUAUUUCCACGCGGUGGUGGCGGAACGGCGCAAGUUCGGCCCCCAGGGCUGGAACCGCCCGUACCCCUUCAGCACCGGGGACCUCACCAUCUCUGUCAACGUGCUCUACAACUACCUGCAGGCCAGCUCCAAGGUCCCCUACGAUGACCUGCGCUACCUCGUGGGUGAGAUCAUGUACGGAGGUCACAUCACGGAUGACUGGGACAGGCGGCUCUGCAGAACCUACCUGGAAGAGUUUAUCAAGCCAGAAAUGCUGGAGGGAGAGCUCUGCCUUGCUCCUGGAUUUCCUCUGCCAGGGAACAUGGAUUAUAAUGGCUAUCACCAGUACAUAGAUGAUGCCAUGCCUCCAGAGUCCCCCUACCUGUACGGCCUCCACCCCAACGCCGAGAUCGGGUUCCUGACGCAGCGCUCAGAGCGACUCCUGCGCACCGUGCUGGAGCUGCAGCCCCGGGACAGCAGCACGGGCCAGGGAGCUGUGGGCACCCAGGAGGAGAUGGUGCAAGCCCUUCUGGAGGAGAUGUUAGAGAAGCUCACGGACGAGUUCAACAUGGCAGAGCUGCUGGCCAGGGUGGAGGAGAGGACUCCCUAUGCCGUGGUGGCCCUCCAGGAGUGCGAGCGCAUGAACGCGCUGACGGCCGAGAUGCGGCGCUCGCUGGCCGAGCUGGAGCUGGGCCUGAAGGGGGAGCUGACCAUGACCAGCGAGAUGGAGACCUUGCAGAGCUGCCUCUUCCUGGGCACGGUGCCCGAGUCCUGGCUGAGGAGAUCCUACCCUUCCACGGCCAGCCUGGCCUCCUGGUUUGCUGACCUGCUGGCCCGCAUCAGCGAACUGGAGGCCUGGACCAGGGACUUCUCCUUGCCCUCCACGCUGUGGCUCGGAGGGUUCUUCAACCCCCAGUCCAUCCUGACGGCCGUCAUGCAGAGCACGGCCCGCAAGAACAGGUGGCCCCUGGACAGGAUGGCGCUGCAGUGUGACGUGACCAAGAAGAGCAGAGAGGAUUUUGCCAGUGCUCCCCGUGAGGGGGCCUACGUGCACGGGCUGUUCAUGGAGGGAGCACGCUGGGAUGCUCAGGCCGGGACAAUCACAGAGGCCAGGCUCAAGGAGCUCACCCCGGCCAUGCCUGUUGUGUUCAUCAGGGCCAUUCCUGAUGACAAGCAGGACACCAGGGGCUUGUACCCCUGUCCUCUGUACAAAACUCGCCAGAGAGGCCCAACCUACGUGUGGACUUUUCACCUGAAAACCAAGGAGAACCCGUCCAAGUGGGUGCUCGCUGGGGUGGCCUUGCUGCUGCAGAUCUGAGGCUCCAGCACAGCCCCUGGUCUGCAGAGCCCUCACAGUGUCACAGCAUUGAAACAAUGCAAUGCUGAGAUUAACCUGAGUUCCAUCUCUCUGAUGGACUGCCGAGUUACCUCUGUGUCCUGGGGAUGUGACCCCAGCAGGGCCUGUGAGGAGGUGACAGAGGUGCAGAGGGACACGGCCCAGGUUUGUGGCCGCUGUACAUCAGUAUCCUGUACUUCCUACACUGCUGCAAUCUCAGGUUUCUGUGGUUGAAACGGCUCCUGAGAUAUUAAAAAGUUUUUUUUUUCCCAGCCCCACACUCAAAGAAGAAGUCAGGAUUCCUCAGCUCUGCUUUUCAAGGUUGUUUAUUUUCUCUUAUCUCUUACAUUCUUUCUCUGCCCUGCUGAGGUCUGUCCAGCAGGUCAGGUUGUGGCACAGUCCCUGCCCUUGGGCUUCUGUUGGCUUUCCAUACUAAGAACUACCUUUACUUUUUUUGCAAUAAUUUCCCAAUCCCUAUCACCUAUGUAAGACACUCUGUCUCUACUCUAAAUCAAUCCAGAAGUGCCACCAUCACAGCAGAAGAUGGAGGACAAGAAGAAGAAGGACAGGACACACCCAGAUUCCUCCAUCUUGCCUCUUGAACCCCCAUUCUAAAUCCCCAAAAUUCUACUUUUUCACCCUGUAACAAAUUCACUGUCAUUCUACUCAAACCCUUGUGGCUUGUAACUCCUCACCCAGAGCUGGGAAUUGUUUCCAUGGCUAAAAUCCAAGGCACAGGUGUUUUUGACUCUGUGCCAAGGUCUCUGAGCCCCCUGGCAGGGUCUGGAGUCCUCCAGGGCAGCCAGAGGAAUGUCCUGGGAUCUGACACUGAGCUGCAAGAUCCCAGCCCAAAGCCUGAUACACCACACCCAGAGGGUGCUAAACUUAAAUCUGGUUUUUAUUUCUCUUCAUGAUCCAAAGCAGUUUUAAAAUCAUCCAUCAGUAAAAUCAGUACCCUUAAAUAGUCCAGUAACUUGUGAAGUUCUCCAGAAUUUAUUCCUUUCUCUCCAUGAGUGUUUCUUUGUGGCGUGUGUAGUGUUGGAAAUGGGAGGUGAGCAGAUGUUGUGGUUAUCAGCUGUGUGUUGCUAACACUCCUGUAAAUCUCAGAAACAUUGGAAAUGGUGUUAAUAUCCAGUGUGCUCCAUGGAAUCAAUGGUGAAAGCACAGCACAGGGGUGAUUUAGGAGGGAUUUGUCGUGAUGAUAGAUACUUACUAAUAAAAGAAAUUGUUCCUGGAA